AAAAAAAAAAAAAAAAAGAAUGAUUCUCAGCUCAGUUGCAAAGCAUGCGCCUACACAUCGUGUCCCAGGCACUGCAGGCUAUAUGUCUGUCCAUACUCGACGCCAAGCUGUUGUUUUGGUACGCCCAAGACGUCGGUUAGGAAUACGCGCCAUCGUUUCUAAGCCCAAUAAUGUACGAGGAUUUGCCUCUUAUUCACCUUCAUUAAUUACUACCACUACUACACCAACAAUAACAAGGCAUCCUCGGAUGAAAGUCAUAUCGUCAACAAAAUAUUCAUCACCACCUCCAUCAUCAUUAUCAUCCAAGUUGCUUUCAACCAGUGCAUCUUUGAAAAAAAAGCAUCAUUCCAAGAAUAACAGCAACAACAAUAGUAUCAGCAGCGGUAAUAAUAGCUCUAAUAAGGGUAAUAGGCAUAAUAACUCAAUCGACCCUGCAUCUACGGCAAUCCCACCCAAGAUCGAGGGCGAUGUCAUCUACCGAAAGGAAGGAUCCAAGAUUGUCCCUGUUGAUCCUGUAGAUCAGGUAGAGGCGCCCAUCAGCGGCCUGUUCUCAGAGUAUGAGGGCUUUACUAGAUCACCGUCCUCACCUUCUGCUCCCGCUCCCGCUCCAGAAACCACUACAAAAGCCGAAGCGACCAAUGCAAAUAGGGUGGAUUUAGAGACUUUGACUCUCAGAGAUGUGCUUCCACCAGAUGCAUUUCUGAAGCAAUUGAUCACUCAAAGGGAAUUGGGUGUUACAGUGGAUGAGAUCAAGGAGUCUAUUCAAGGGAUAUUGGAUGUUCUGCCGCUGCCUCACGAUGAUACGAGACGUGUCCAGGCAGAGAAACAUUUCUUAAAUUUCUGCAAGAAGAAGAACGUUAUGCCUUAUGAGCUCGCAUCAUGGUCCAUUCAAUACACGCGAGAUGGUGCUCCAUUAGGAUUUGCAUUGCUAAAAUUAUCUGUCGAUCAAGGAGACGUUCUCUCUCGAUAUAGUUACGGCAUUAUGCUUUAUCGUGGCGCUAAAGGUGUUCCUGCAGAUCCUGUUAAAGGUCGGGCGAUUUUGGAAUCUAUUGCUAAGCCUUCUGCCCAAAGUAUUCUUCGGCCUAUUCCAAUCGCGAUGUCGACUUUAGCUAGUAUCUAUGCUCGUGACGAUAAGAAUUUUGAAGCAGCCCGAGACCUGUAUCUGGCUGCUGCGAAUGCGGGUGUGGUCGAGGCUAGAGUGGCGCUUGGGCGGAUGUAUCUCAGUGGGGAUCUUCCUCGAGACCCUGUCAAGGCUAAACAAUGCUUCGAGUUGGCUAUCAAGGCAGAUGAUAAUAAUGCACAAGCUCAUUUCCUAUUAGGGGCUCUGGAGAUGGAGAAUGAGAAUCCGAAUCUUAAGGCUGCAUUUCAACAUUAUCAAAAGGCUGCAUCAAAGGGUUUAGCUGAAGCACAAUACAAUGUGGGUCAAGCAUACUUUAGAGGUAUAGGAGUACCCAAGAAUGACGCGUUGGCGAUCGAGUAUUGGAAGAUGUCUGGCCAACAGGGAUUCGGGUUGGCGCAGCUGAGUCUUGGGGCAUACUACUUCCAAGAUGAGACCCCUCAGUCUCAGUCAGAGCCACGGAUGAUCAAUGAAUGGGAUCCGUCCAAAAGAGAUUUGAUGCAAGCACAAAAAUGGUUCACUUUGGCAAGUCGUCGUCCAGGGUCGUUGGGGCUGGAAGGAAAGCGGUUGAAAGCCCAAGUUGAUGAGGCAAUUAAGCAUGGUAGAGACGGAUCCAAAAAUGGACGUCCGUGUGUUAUUAUGUAAGAGACUAGAAAGAAAAAGCCUUUCUCUCAUGAAGAAAAAUAGAGCAAUCAAGGUUGGUCUAGCUCUUCCACGGACACAACAGUACAAAUGAUGUCUAUGUGAACAUUUUGAAGGAAAAAAAAAAAAAA